AUGGCGACCAAUAACUUACCUGUUGAGCUCUGGCAUGUUGUUUUUUCUCUCACCAAAGUCCUCAAAUUUUCCUUGAAUGACCUAGCUGCACUGUGCCGGGUGUGCAUUGGCUUCCAUCAUGCAAUAGUCGACUCUUUGUACGAGUGCAUCACAGUCGACAACUCUGAUGUCUGCACUACCCUUGCAGAGCAUCCCCAUCUUGCAGAGAAAGUCAAGUCAUUCAUCUUUACAUAUCCAACCACGAUGGGGUAUGAUAGUCCUGAGGAUAACAUCCGUGAUCUCGCUAUCACUGGGGAACCAAGACAUCGAGAUACUUACUCUGAGUUCCCUGGGAUACUUUCUCCCACAUCUCUGCCACAUCUAACAGAAAUAUCUGGUUCGAUCUCUCUUCUACAUGCCCUUGUACCUGGGCGCCCGGUUCAAACAGUGUGGUUCAAGGGCUGCCAUGUACAAUCCGCAAAAUGGGGUCUUGAUGAGAUUGUUGGCCACUCCACAGUGCCUGUCAGGAAUUUGGGACUUGAUCUCACAAUUUGGCCCUUGUCAGUACUAUAUAAUCCUCGUGGACUACUUCCAAACCAUGUUGAGGAAAUCACGCUGACGGGUUUUGCUACUGGGCGCCCGUUCAUAUCUGGGGAACACGGAAUGAGCCACUGGAUAUAUGAUGUACAUCGCAUACUGGGAAGCACACCGAGUUUGAAAAGACUGACAUUCUGGAUGGAGGGAGAGCGCGAAGACGCGUGUGGAUGGGCUCAGCUUCUCUUUCAGGAGUUCCAUGAUGAGCUGUCCCGUCUUGAGCAGGUCUCGUGCGUGAUCGCUGGACCAGACAUGUCAACAUCAUUUGACUUCUUUGAUGACAAGUCGGGUUGCCUCCUAACUGGGCCUCGUGAGGAUAAUCAAACUCGGAGCCAUCGGGCUGUGAAUGACAUUCGGGAGCUCAUGCCACUUCCUAUUUUAUGUUGUUCGAUGGGCGAGAAGGGCCAUUGCGAUAGAAAGACAUUUAUGUUCCUCCAGCUUGAUCGCAGAGAAAUGGAGGGAUGGAUGAGAAUGAUGGGAAAGUAUCCAGAAUUGCCCCGGCCCUGUUAUUUCACCUUUUGGUGUAACGGUUAUGCGGGCGGCAGUCUGACCAUGUUACACCCUGAAGCAAUGGUAUUGGUCUGA